UAUGUGCACGAGAGUCAGAGGGGUUGGAGAGGCUUUUUAUUGACAUGAUCAACAAGUGCACAUGAGUGGCUGGGUUACUGAUUACAGGUGAUGUUAUAGUUUGUUUGUGAUAAGGCUCUUGCACAAAGUCCUGCCAGAUACAGUGAGCCCUCAGCUACUUUGCCACAUCCUUCCCAUCCUUCAAAGGACAACUGCUCCUUCUCAGGUCCUUUUGGUGCUGUGUUUUUUCUUUUUCCUCUCAUCAGUUGAACACACAGCAGCAUCAUGAGUGUAGAGUCCAGAAAGACACGUGAGGCUUGCUGUUCCAAGCUCAAGCUCUUCCUGGCCUCUAUGUCAUUCGCAUACUUUUCCAAAGCCUUUUGUGGAGCCUAUAUGAAGAGCUCCAUCACCCAGAUUGAGAGGCGCUUUGAUAUCCCCAGCUCCCUCAUAGGGGUCAUAGAUGGCAGCUUUGAAAUGGGCAACCUGUUGGUGAUAGCCUUUGUGAGCUACUUUGGCGCUAAACUCCAUCGUCCCAGGCUAAUCGGUAUUGGCUGUCUGAUCAUGGCUGCUGGAUCUUUCCUCAUAGCCCUGCCUCACUUCUUCCAGGGACAGUAUAAAUAUGAGACCAGUAUGUCUCACAGUACAAGUGCCAACAGCACUGAGAACACCCUGCCCUGUUUGGCCAACCACAGCCUGGCUGAAGCCAAUGAGACGCCUGAUUUAGAGGCCAUAACAGCUUGUGAAAAGGCAGCUGGCUCGUCCCUGUGGAUUUAUGUGUUCUUGGGGAACAUGCUGCGUGGAAUUGGAGAGACUCCCAUCAUGCCUCUGGGUGUGUCCUACCUGGAUGACUUCUCCAGAGAGGAGAACACGCCUUUCUAUUUGGCCUGCAUCCAUACAGUGGGGAUCUUAGGUCCUAUGUUUGGUUUCAUGCUCGGGUCCUUCCUUGCUAAGAUCUACGUGGACAUCGGAUCUGUGGAUUUAGACACUAUCACCAUCAACCACAGGGACUCCCGCUGGGUGGGGGCCUGGUGGCUGGGCUUCAUAGUGACUGGCACGGUGGUCCUGCUGUCCAGUAUCCCAUUCUGGUUCUUGCCCAAGUCUUUGCCCAAGCAGGGUGAAGAGCAGAGCCAGAGUAAAGCCACAGAGCUCGCCACAGUGACAGAGCAGGAGAAUUUCCUGCCAGACGAAAACCAGGAGCAUGAGGAGAAGGAGAAGCCGGUUACAUUCCAGGAGUUGGCUAAAGAUUUCAUCCCAUCUCUGAGGAGACUCUUCAAGAACAGCAUCUUCUCACUGAUGGUCCUGAUGUACCUGGUGGCUGUCAACGGCUUCAUUGGCAUGAUCACCUUCAAGCCAAAGUUCUUGGAGCAAAUCUACGGCCAGUCAGCUUCCAAGGCCAUUUUCCUCAUAGGUAUACUCAACCUGCCAGCAGUAGCUUUGGGUAUCAUCACUGGAGGUUUUGUUCUGAAGCGUUUCAAGCUGGGUGUCAUUGGAGCAGCCAGGAUGUCCAUUGCUGCCUCCCUCGGGUCCUUGUGCCUGCUCUCCAUGCAGAUCUUCAUCUACUGUGACAAGGCAGAGGUAGCAGGUCUCACUGUCUCAUAUCAGGGGGCUUCUCAAGUGUCCUACAACCAACAGACCUUGGUGUCAGAGUGCAACAUGGGCUGCUCUUGCUCACUGAAGCACUGGGACCCAGUAUGUGCCUACAAUGGUGUGACAUAUGCCUCGCCCUGCCUGGCUGGCUGCCAGUCCUCCACUGGAAUGGGCAAGGAAAUAGUGUUUCAUAACUGCACCUGCGCUGGGGAGGUGAUGACUCCAGGCAUGAACAUGUCCGCGGUGCUGGGCCAGUGCCCCAGGAAGAGCAACUGUGAACACAUAUUUAAAAUCUACAUGGCCUUGUCUGUGGUGGGGUCUUUUAUUUCUGCCUGUGGGGGCACGCCAGGAUACAUCGUGCUGCUCAGGUCCAUACAGCCAGACCUGAAGUCGCUGGCUUUGGGUAUGCAGACACUGAUAGUAAGAACUCUUGGUGGAAUACCUCCUCCUAUAUAUUUCGGUGCUCUGAUUGACCGAACCUGUUUGAAGUGGGGUACCAAGCAUUGUGGAGGCCGUGGGGCAUGCAGACUCUAUGAUGCUGAUGCAUUUAGAAUGACAUUCUUGGGUUUGAUCACUGGACUCUACUGCCUAUCCAACAUGCUCUGGGGAGGCCUGUACUACAAACUUGUCAAGAGACAGAAGAAGUUAGCGCUGAGGAAUCAGGCCAAAGAAAAUGGACUGCAGGGUGACACAGCUGGCAAUGGACACGCCAACAUCAACAUUGCUAAAAACAAAGAAGACGGGGACAAUGAAAGCACAAUUUAAAGGAGGGAGUGUUUGAGGAGGGCAACGCCGCUGAGUAAUGCAGGUCACUGACAGAUUUUCUACUGCGUAAGUACUGUGAUGCAUCCAUACUGGACCAAAUGAGGGAAUGGUACAGUGUCCGCGCUCUUUGGUCUUCAAGCAGUACACUUUUUUUUUUUUUUUU